GAUAGUCAGUAGAGUUCAAUUAUGUACCGUGACGUGGCAAUAUAACAAUACUUCCUCGGGCAGACCACCAAACCAAACACAGAGCGCAUAUACCCUCACCAAAGCGCAUUAGAAUCUCAUAGCUCGAGAUGAGCGUUUCGUAUCUUCAACAACUUUGCAUACUUCAAUUGGUCUGGUGCCUUGGAUGUUGGAAGGCGACAGAGGCUAGUCCAUACAAAGAGUGUGAACAUGGAAUUGCUUUCAGAAGGGGUUCUGGGAUCCAGACUGAUGUUGGUGAUAUGAUGGGGAGAGAUCAGAAUGAGGAGCAAGUUCAGAAUGUUUUCAAAAGAUUCCUGUUUCACUAUUCAAAGGCCAACUCGGUAGACUCUGUACAGCAUGCGUCCCAUUCAGUGCACCCGCUGAUGCGCCUGUCACCCAAACUGUCUCAGAGGAGAAAGAAGCAGCUCAUGCUUUUGGUAAGGACCCUGUGCUGUUUCAACCUUGAUUAGCAGAAUGUCAAUAUUGAAGCAGGAGACAAGGGCACUUCUGACCUGCAAGACCGACUAACUUUAACCAAACCCUUAACCCUGACCUUCUCCAGUGCCUUUCUCUUAGAGGUUGAAGACCACAGUCUUUCUGUGGCCAGUCCGCAAGGCGCAAUAUGUACUUUAGACAUAUAGUAUAUACACUACCCCCGACUAGAAUCUACACAAUUAAAAGUUAGAACAAAUACCACAAACCAUGACCGAGGUUCUCUCUGUUCCCUGCUACACAGAAGCACUCUGAUGUGUGAUGUAAAAAUCUGACUUUGGAAUAACUGGACAGAAGACAUCAGCAUACUGCAACCCCCCUGAACAUGGAGCACAAAAUGGCAGACUGAGGGACAGACAGAAGCAGCAUCCUCAGUGUUCUCUGGCAAUGGACUUGAUAUUUUUGAGAAAUAAAUUAUUGCAGAUUGUGAA